AUGUAUGAACGCUUUCGCUUCCACCGCCGCGGCUUUACUGUGAUUGUGGACUUGGUGCGCGAUGAAAUGGAACGGAAAACAAAGCGUAGCUGCACGGUACCAGUGGAGCUGCAAGUCCUCGUUGCGCUGAAAUUCCUCGCAAGUGGAAGUUUCCUCAUAACGUGUGGAGACACCGUUCAUGUGCACGUGUCCACUGCGAGCCGGAUUGUUCGUGCCUUUGUGCUGGCGUUACUUCGUCACCUCCACAAGUACGUGCGGUUCCCAACUGGUGACGAAGCAGGCUCUGUGAAGGAAACGUUCCUACGAAAAGGUGGUUUUCCUGGAAUUGUGGGUGCCGUCGAUGGCACUCACAUUCGUAUUCAAGCUCCUGUACAACAUGAGGAAAACUACAUCAACCGAAAAGGCUUUCACUCCCUGAAUGUUCAAGUGGUAGUGGAUGCCAAUUCGUACAUUACAAAUGUUGUGGCUAAGUGGCCAGGCAGCGUUCACGACUCCCGAAUACUUCGAAGCAGCAGCAUCGGAGAACGCUUUGAAAGUGGCCACAUUCGAGGCAUGCUGCUCGGCGACAGUGGGUACCCGUGCAGGCCGUGGCUUAUGACACCAUUUUUAAGACCAAAUGGGCAUGCCCAGGAGAUGUACAAUGAGGCACACAAAACGUUACGGUCAGUUGUGGAACGAGCAAUUGGUCAGCUGAAGAGAAGGUUUGCUUGCCUCCAUGGAGAACUUCGGAUGGCACCUGAACGUUGCUGUGGCAUUGUUGUUGCAUGCUGCAUCCUCCACAACCUGGCAAAGCAGCUGGGAAUUCCGGACGCCAGAGCUGAGCCAGAGCUUCAGGAUGACUCUGAUGAGCAAGAGCCACAAGGGGCACCACAUGACGGGGUGCACAUGGCUCCUUUUUCUUUCUACGAGCACCUGCACUGCGACUGCGGCUUCGACGUGGGGCUGACUGCGGAGGGCUACCUCUUGGUAAUUGGUGGACAUCGGGGGGCAAGGACGGCACAGAUGGUUCUGCUGACUCAUCUGGGAGAAUGUCAGUAG